AUGGCUGUCGCGGCAGGUCUACUUUCACUCAUAGCCCUGUUCGGGUCUGUGCUCGCGUUGAUAUUUCGGUUCAUCAUCCAUCCUGCUUUCUUCUCACCAUUGUCAAAGAUACCCGCUGGGCAUUGGACAGCACACUUCUCUCCACUAUGGAUUCUCUACAUUCGCUGGUCGCAACAGGAAAAUGCGACCAUUCUUCAACUCCACGAAAAAUAUGGCGAGAUCUUGAGGCUCGGGCCCAAUGAGCUCAGCGUGAACUCCUACAAAGAGGGGCUGAAGAAGAUCUACCUGGGAGGCUUCCCAAAGAACGACUUUUACAAGAACAGAUUCACAAACUACGAGACGACGAAUAUGUUCUCCAUGACCAACAGCAAGGAGCACUCAGACCGCAAGCGGAUGCUGUCCCACGUAUACUCGAAAUCUUACGUCCUCACUUCUCCGACCACCAAGGCGGCGACCAAAGCUCUUCUGUAUGAUCGACUCCUUCCGAUUCUAGAAGAGAGCUCCCGCGAGAACAAGCCCCUCGAGCUGCUCGAGCUCAUGUCGGGAUACUCUAUGGAUGGCUUCAUGACCUAUCAAUUUGGUCUGUCAUUGGGCACCAACUUCACCCAAAACGCAGAAGAGCGGAAAUGGUAUCUCACCCAAUUCUUCAAGCGCAGACCGUACCUCUUCUUCAUAACAGACACGCCAAGAAUCGUCGAGUUCUUUGCUCGGUUUGGGAUUCGGAUAGUGCCCAAAUGGGUUGACGAAGCAACAGAUGAUCUCGAGUCGUGGCAAUUGAAGAUCUGCGACAAAGCAGAGUCGAUGCUCUCAAGCAACGAAAAGAUCCAAGAUGCCGAGUAUCCCGUUAUCUACGCUCAAGAGCGACUGGCGCUUCGAAAAGCAUACCCGAAGAUGUCGGUUCUCAAUACACCUCGGAAGUCGACUCAGACGUACCCCUUCCGGUAUGAGAUUGCAAGCGACAUGUAUGACCAUAACGCUGCUGCCCACGAAACAAGCGGUGACACCCUGACCUAUGUUCAUUAUGAGUUGGCUUCAAGACCUGCGCUCCAACAAUUAUUGAGAGAGGAGCUGAUGGCUCUUGACCCGCCACUUCUCUAUCCCGUCGAAGCUGGGUCAGAGAUCGUCUUGCCUGAUUUCAAGGCUGUCGAUGGGUUGCCACUUCUAGACGCCAUCGUGAUGGAGACUCUCCGCCUAUGGGUGGCUGUUCCAGGUCGCCAACCUCGUGUCACCCCGGAUACAGGUUGUACAAUUGCAGGCUACGACAUUCCGCCAGGUGUGUUGAUUCAAUGCUAUGCCUACGCUCUCCAUCGCAACCCAGAGGUCUUCCCAGAGCCAGAGGUAUGGAAACCGGAGAGGUGGAUCAAAUCGAGCCCUGAACAUCUUGCGGAGAUGAAGCGUUGGUUCUGGGCGUUCGGGAGCGGAGGAAGAAUGUGCAUAGGAAACAAUAUCGCUAUGCAUUCAAUGAAGCACGCAAUCGCAGCCACUUACACGAACUAUACAAGCACCAUUCAUGAGCACGGGGAUAUGAGUCUUGUUGAUGGCUUUACGGCAGGUCCGAAGGGCAACAGGCUCAAUGUUGUUUUUCAUCACGUCUAG